AUGACAGUCGAGGCAGCCUCGUCCCUAUCGCCAGGCUCGCAUUUGGCCUCGGCAACUCCAGCUCUGCGAAACGGCGAGACUGCAGUAGGACAGCGACCGUACACCACUCGAUCUGUCUCUCUACCAACGCCGUCAGAGACACCGAUUGAACCAAAUGGCCGAUCCUUCAGCACCAGCGCCGCCCCUCCAGAUAUCACUGAUCGUCCUGUGACAGCGCGUUCGCUGCGCAGGAUUAACCCGAAUGAAGGAGAACCGACAACAUUGUCACAGACAGGUCGGGACGAUGGGAAACUGCUUCCAGGAGACAACAGCGAAUGCGAGGCCCCAUCCCUUCGCAGUGUGCCUAGCAUCGUCAUCAACGAGAGUGGCCGUCCGAGUUCGCGACCCGGGUCAAGAUGGUCAGAGCGCAGAUGGGGUGGAUUGAAAAAGAGAUCGAUGGAGCUGGAACGCAAAAUCAGCACAGGUGAACUGCCGCCGGUGCCCCGCAUCGAGCCUGACUUCAACGGAAUCAGUUUGGAUAUCCCGAAUGCCUCACUCGGUGAAAUUGAACAAGGACUGAAAUUCUCCACUCGAGGCAGCCUGAUCAGGGACCGAUCAAAGCGCCCGUAUCCCGCCAUUGCAAAGAGCCUACAUGCCCAGGAAGCAUUAAAGGAGAAUGCGCCGCGUCAUCCAAGUGGUGUGACUGCUUUGCCUGCGAUUGACCUGGUCCGAGAUUCGGAAGAUGCCCAUGCGACUGGAAAUCUCGAUGUGAAAGAGACAAGUGAAAACUCAAGCCAGGAAAGUACAGGACUUACUGCACCUAUAGCUAUUCCUCGAGUCAGACCGCAGAGCUCUCUUCGUCCACGGCAAUCGAGUCUCCAGAGCCGUGCAAUAUCCGCCGACGAAGACAUGCUUUCGCGCCGUGUCCGGCUCAUGUAUGAGAAAGGCGAUGACAACGUCACCGAUUCUGAAGUUGCAAGAGCAAUGGCCUCUGACAAUGGAAUCUUGUGGGAGGAGCCGGCAACUGUCGACAUUGAGACUGCUUCUACGCCUGCGCCUGAAAUCCAUCACAAUGACCACAAGGGACGAGCCUCGGAAGAGGUUGAGCGUCUCAGGAUGAAACGCGAGACGAGGGAACUAGCUGGCGGCAUCGAAUACUGGCAGGACGUGGGUGUAGGACAAGUAGACCGCUACGGUUUCAUUCACACAUCAAGUGAUGAACCACAUCCCCUUCAACGAGUGACGACGAGCCUGCUCCUGGCGUCUGAAGCCCCGCGAAGAAAACGCUCGAUUCGGCCGCCAACUGCCAGGGCCAGCACCCGCUCUUUCAGCGCUCGACCACCUACGCAAGAUUCUUACAAGGAACCUACAGCUGGCCGCCCAGCCUCGUCAGCCAGCACGCGUAGUAUGCCAGUCCGGCGGUCCACAUCUCGCCUUCGUUCCGCCACCAAUCAUCUUCCCCAUAAUUGGGAUCGGAAAGCCAAGGAUGAGGCGGGAGACAUGCUCACUUUACCUGGAGAUGCUUUCGAUGCUGGCCCCGACACACCCUCGGCACGUGCAAUGCGCCGCAAAGAAUGGCAACGUGAAGACAAAUGGACCAAGAUGGCCAUUCCGGUCAAAAAGAGCCGCGAUGGUGGCGGGAUGAAGUUCGAAUUCGACACUCGCAGCUCCAAAUUGAUUGAACGAACAUGGAAAGGCAUUCCUGACCGGUGGCGUUCGACCGCAUGGUACUCUUUCCUCGAAACUAGCGCCAAGCGUCACCCAGAUAGCCCUACUGAAGACACAUUGAUUGAGGCCUUUCGUGAUUACCAAUAUGUAUCGUCCCCGGACGAUGUACAGAUUGACAUCGACGUCCCUCGCACUAUCACGAGUCACAUCAUGUUUCGUCGGCGCUAUCGAGGUGGCCAACGGCUGCUGUUCCGGGUGCUUCACGCGAUGUCGUUAUAUUUCCCAGACACUGGCUAUGUGCAAGGCAUGGCUGCUCUCGCAGCUACUUUAUUGGCAUAUUAUGAUGAAGAGCACGCUUUCGUUAUGCUCGCCCGGCUGUGGGAGCUACGAGGCCUAGGAGAAUUAUACAAGUCAGGUUUUGCAGGGCUCAUGGAAGCUCUGGAUGAUUUUGAGCGGGAGUGGCUCGCUGGUGGUGAGGUAGCCAUAAAAUUGAACGAGGUUGGCAUUCCACCGACAACUUACGGAACCAAAUGGUACCUCACCCUUUUCAACUAUUCCAUUCCUUUCGCUGCUCAACUUCGUGUUUGGGACGUGUUCAUGCUUCUUGGAGAUGCGGAAGACCUCACCGCUGCCCCUCAUACUGUUGCUUCACAUGGCAAAGAGAAAGAGACAUCGUCGCCGGCUCGCGCAAGCACAUUCGGGCAAGGUCUCGACGUACUCCAUGCGACAUCUGCUGCCCUAAUCGAUGGCAUGCGGGAGAUAAUUCUCGAGUCCGACUUUGAAAACAGCAUGAAGGUUCUUACCAGCUGGGUCCCAAUCAAAGACAUUGAGAUAUUCAUGCGUGUUGCCAAAGCCGAAUGGAAAGUGCACCGUCGCAAGAAGCUGACUUGA